AUGGGCUGGGUGGACUCACUUCAAAUUCAUGCACGAGUUCGGGAGGUUGAAGCGCUGCAGAGGCUAAUAGCGCCGGGCGCAGCAGCGGUGCUCUUCGUUUACCACAUUUUCUUCGUCAACUUAUUAGCGUCCUUUUACCAGUGUGUCAUGACCGAUCCGGGCGUAGUGCCUCCAAACUGGGGCUUCUACAUGGGUGAUGAGACCAAGCGAAGAAGGCUCGCGACGAUUGUCACAUCCUGA